AUGAACGUGGAUUUGAAAGGAUAUGCCCUUACUGCUUCCAGUUCCUGGUUCCUGAUAGCUACCGGGUGCGACUCAAACCAAAGAUGAAAGUGACUCCACAGAUUGAGAAAGUUCUUAAACGACAGGCAAAGAACCAUAAGCUUAAUAUGAAACAGACGAAGCUUUUGAAAAAGUACAGGGAGUCCAGAAGUGUUCUGCUGGUUACUUGCAAUUCGUGCAACAAAACAACAAGACAUUAUGGUAAAAGCAGGGAUUUUCUGGCUACCAAGACACAAAAUUCUGGCACUCCAAGUAUUAAAUCUAGCCUGAGGACACCAGAUGUAAAAAUUCAAUCUGCAAACAAAGUGACACCUUUAAGCUGCAGUAGGUUGGGAUCUAAAGGGAACAGUCCGUCGUCACUUCCCAGAAUACAUGUAUCUGGACAGGCGACAACCAGCUCUGCUUCCAAGACUCCCCGAAACUCGAAAUUUCACUUUGCUAAGCUAAAACGGAUGCUUAACCUAGAAGAAAAAGAGAAAAGCCAGAAGGCAGAUUUGAAAACCUUCUUGGCUUUACUUUAGUUAUACAUUAUUUAAAAGUAAUAAAGAUUACAGCAAUAA